AUGACAGACAACCCAGGUACCGUUGUUCAAUUUCACGGUGGCUUCUGGCAUGGUGGUCCACUCUGUGUGACUAACGAUCCAAUCCUCCAUGAGCAGAGAUUUAAAAGGACUCUUGCUUCUGAUACCGCCAUUCUCGCAAAGUAUGACAUGAUUAUUGCAUGGGAAAUUCCAGUUGGCCAUCGAAUUCGUUUAGGACUCGAAAACUAUGUGAAAUCAUAUAAACAAGGCUACCCUAUCGAUAUUAAUGAUUAUGCCUUACCAGCAUCAGCAUCCAAAACAAAAAAAAAAGAUGACAACAAUAAUAUUUCCAAAUAA